AUGCGCGGGAUGCUGGCGUUUGCUGGCUCGCUGCUCGUCAUGCCCAGCCCGCCGGGCACCAGGCCACGGCUGCUGCGGAGCGACAGGGCACGCGAGAUUCUCGCGUGUCGCGACUCACCGUCAGCCGGCGGGCCGGGACGCGAGUAUUACUUUGGCCUGCAUGCCGCUUACCUGGAAGACAAGGCGGCUGCUUCAGACGCGAGGGACGGGGCAAUGUCAGCAUCUCGCAUAGCGGCUUGCGCGAAGGCUUCCUCUGCCGGCGGUGCGGCGCCGAAGGCGGUGUUGACCAACUCUGCGCACGGCGAGAUGCUGUGCUGGCCCAUCUGCGCGGCCCUGGCGCCGCUCCCGGACGUGCCGAACGCAAUCCUCGACGGCGUCAACAUCCCGUUCACGACGGGCCGCUUCGCCACGUACAAGGGUCUGCUACGGCCGUGGGCGAGCCGCUGGAAACUGAAGAACCGGCCCAUCGCGCUCUCGCUGGCUUGGCCCAUCGCGGACGGAUGGACGGUCGAGCUGAGCCACUUGGCCGCGCUUCGCUUCCGGCUGCUGCACACGGCGUAUCGCACCGCGGGGCAUAGCGUUCGCAUUGGCCUCGAAAAGAGACCAUACUUCUUCCCUAUGACCUUGGCCACUGUCACCGGCCGACCAUCGGUCGUCGCCAGGAGCGGCCGUCGAAGCGUUCGGCCGCAGCGGCACAUCUCGUGUGUGUGCAACACCCUUCUCGUAUCGCAUAAAUACUAG